AUGGAUCACUGCUCUCGCCACACUCGAUCGACCGGCUCGGAUCGGGGCCAUUCAGUCGAUCUACAAAAACCACCCACACAGCGAGACCCUGAUCCCCAGGACUUGACUCGACUAGAGACCUCACAGUCGCAGAUAUCACCGCCAAAAUCCAUAUAUCGGGAGAUUGCAUUCGUUAGCGUGGUAUCCAUGGCCCAAUUCAUGACCCAAGCCGGUCUGAACAUGUCUAUUGCCCCCGUACAUAUCAUCGGCCGCAGUUUUGGUACGUCCAACCCAGCCGAGCUGAGUUGGUUUGCCGCCGCGUAUAGUUUGACCGUGGGGACUUUCAUAUUAGUCGCAGGACGACUCGGGGAUGUCUAUGGCCAUCGUCGCUUGUUCGUGCUCGGGUUCUGCUGGUUUAGCCUUUGGUCCCUACUAGCGGGAUUCAGUGUCUGGUCGAACAAGAUCUUUUUUGACUGCUGUCGUGCUCUGCAAGGAAUCGGGCCAGCAAUGCUGCUUCCCAACGCGAUUGCGAUCUUGGGCCGGACUUAUCCACCGGGAUUUCGCAAAGAAAUGAUCUUUAGCCUCUUCGGUGCCACUGCUCCGGGAGGAUUUAUUGUCGGCGGCGUAUUCUCAUCUAUCUUCGCCCAAUUGGUUUGGUGGCCCUGGGCAUAUUGGGUGAUGGGAAUGAUGUGCGCUCUCUUGGCAAUAGCGGGCUGGUUGAUUAUCCCUUAUACUCCGCGGCCCAAGUUCAACGACGAAAUACCCUUCUGGGAGCGACUGGAUCUACUAGGAGCUGCUAUAGGAAUCUCUGGUCUUAUACUGAUCAACUUUGCCUGGAAUCAGGCUGCACUCGUUGGCUGGAAGAACCGAUACACCUACAUGCUCCUCAUUGUCGGUUUCAUAUGCCUCGGCGCAUUCGCAUUCAUUGAGCGCGGAGCAGUCUGCCCGCUGUUGCCACGAUCAAUCUUCACAGGCGACAUGGCAUGGGUCCUCGGGUGUAUCGCCGCCGGAUGGUCCAGCUUUGGAAUCAUCAUAUACUACUUUUACCAGUUUAUGGAGGUCAUCAAAGGAGAUUCACCAUUGCUCGCCACCGCCAAAUGGUCAGCUGCAGCCCCUUCGGGUGCCAUUGCAGCCCUCGUCACUGGAUUCCUACUAGGUCGCUGGCCACCCAGCGUCAUCAUGUUUUGUGCCAUGGCCUUCUUUGCUGCCGGUCUAUGUAUCUUCGCCGCUGUGCCCGUGCAACAAACUUACUGGGCACAAGCUUUUGUCGUGAGCUUGAUUACUUCCUGGGGAAUGGAUAUGUCCUUCCCAUCUGGAACACUCAUCCUCAGUAAUGCGAUGCAUCGCCACCAUCAAGGGCUGGCUGCAUCCCUCGUGGCCACCACAGUCAACUACUCCAUCUCCCUGGGCCUCGGAUUUGCGGGAACCGUGGAGUCGCAUGUCAAUGACGCAGGUCGCAAUGUUCUGCGUGGAUAUCGCGGUGCCCUAUACACGGGUAUUGGCUUAGCUGGUUGUGGUUUAAUCAUUUCCAUUUGUUUUAUGUGCGCAAGUUGGAGGAGGUACAGCCUGGUUAAGAAAAGCUAA